AUGCCCAAGAGAAAGCCUGAAGGGGAUGCUACAGGAGAUAAAGCCAAACUACAGAGAAGAUCCGCAAGGUUGUCUGCUAAACCUGCUCCUUCAAAGCCAGAGUGGAAGCCCAAAAAGCCUUCUUUGCCCCUGCAAAGAAGGGAGAAAAGGUUCCCAAAGGGAAAAGCUGAUGCUUACAAGGAGGGAAAGAAUCCUGCAAGAAAUGGAGAUGCCAAAACAGACCAGGCACAGGAAGCUCAGUGUGCUGGAGGCACCAAGUGA